UCUGACUGCUUGUCACUCCAUUUUCUUUGAAGAUAUGGAGCAAAAUUCUAAUAAACUCCCCUUUCUUUUCUCGUUCAGCUUCUUCUUCCUUAGUCCUCUAGUGUCCUGUCAACUUGAUUAUAACUAUUAUGGCAAAACUUGUCCUGGCCUGACGACAAUUGUUCAAUCAGGUGUUCUGUCAGCUGUUUCGAAUGAGACCCGGAUGGCGGCCUCUCUUUUGCGGCUUCACUUCCAUGACUGUUUUGUUAAUGGAUGUGAUGGAUCUAUAUUACUGGAUGAUACAAGCUCGACUAAGGGGGAGAAAAAUGCAGGACCCAAUCGAAAUUCGGCCAGAGGUUACGAGGUCAUCGAUGCUAUUAAGGCUAAUGUAGAGAAAUCUUGUCCAGCCACUGUUUCUUGUGCUGAUAUAUUAACUCUUGCAGCAAGAGAUGCUGUUUUUCUAGCUGGAGGCCCCUAUUGGGCUGUGCCUUUAGGCCGCCGAGAUGGCCUAACUGCAAAUGAGACUGCAGCUAACGAAUUGCCCUCACCUUUUGAAUCUUUAGACAGCAUCAUUGGAAAAUUUUCCGCCAAGGGACUUGGCUUGAGGGAUGUGGUUGUGCUCUCAGGUGCCCACACUAUUGGGUUUGCUCAAUGCUUCACGUUCAAGCAAAGGCUAUUCAACUUCGAUGGCAAUGGCAAUCCUGAUCCAGCACUUGAUGCAUCAUUUAGACAAAGUUUGCAAAUCAUGUGUCCAAAUCAGAAUAAUUCCGAUACCCGAUUGGUAGGCUUGGAUGCCAAUACAGCCAACAAGUUCGACAACAGUUACUACAGAAACCUGGUGAACAACUCUGGAUUGCUGCAGUCAGAUCAAGAUCUUAUGACUGACAAUAGAACUUCUUCAAUGGUUCAAAACUACAGCAAGUACCCUUAUUUAUUCUCCAAAGAUUUUGCAGCAUCAAUGAGGCAGAUGGCCAGCAUAGGUGUGCUAACAGGCCAAAAUGGAGAGAUAAGGAAGAAUUGCAGGGUGGUGAAUUAGAAACAGCAGCGUUUGCAGAAUAAAUGUGUUAAUUAAGUUGAAAUGCAUGUUUGUAUGUAUCCAGUUAAUUAGCUUCAGCAGCAAGCAACAUGAAGCUAAUGCUUGAUUACUAGUGUUAAUUUCAUGGUUUAGUAUCCUACUAUAUAUGACUUGAACGUGUAAAAUCUCUACAAUAUAUAACUAAUUAGCAUGUGCAUGUAUCGCACAAUGGAUCUUCAAUGAAGCCGCUUCAAUUCAUCA